AUGACACUCUCCCAGGGGACUACAGACAAUGACACUUCAUCACAAGAGGCUCCCAAAGAGUCUUCUCCAAUGGAUGUUGACUCCUCUGUGAAGGUAUCAAAAGAGCCUUCUCAAGAGCCCUCCAAUGAAGCGUUCAAGAAUAAUGGUCCUACCCCAUCAGCCGAUUCGUUGGCUUCGAUAAGAAGGUCUCUUCGUAAAAGUGCAUUCGAAGCUGUGAAUUUUGAUAUAGCGCCAUAUGCCGCAAUUCCUUAUUCAUGUGCAAUCCACUCGAUAGCUCUCACAAGCGGACCUCGUUGGCUAUUCACUGGAGGUGAUGAUGGAUUCGUUCGAAAAUUUGAUUUUUUAGCUUCCAUUGAGGGAAAAUUGCCGUUGACUGUAGCACAGAAGCAUAGUUUGGUGGAUUCAGUGACACAUGCAGGAGUUUUGAAUUCUUACUGGGAAAAUGAACAACCUGUAUUACAAGACGAACUGGAUUUACUACCCAAUACAGAGGUUAAAAGAAAGGAAGACAACUUAGGUAGUUAUGAACCAAAAAUAAAUCCCGUUUACUCAUUGGCAGUACAAAAAGACGGUUUGUGGCUUCUGAGCGGUCUUGAAUCCGGUGGAAUCUCUCUACAAUCUGCCAAAUAUCAAGAAGGAUCAAUUGUACAUUAUUUUCCACAUGGAACAAAACACAAUCAUAAAGAAAGGCAUACGACAACCGUUAGUUGCUUGACUCUAAAUAGUUCAGAAACUGGUUUUUUAAGUGGUUCUUGGGAUAAUAAAGUACUUCAAUGGGAUUUAAAUACUGGAUCUUGUGUCACAGAGUACUCGCCAACCACUAGCCAAAUUUCAACUUUACAUUACAGACCGAUCACCGGGUGUGAAAUUAAUGUGGACACACCCAUAGAAGAUAAUGAUGAUGUCGACUCUCUGUUCGGGGACAGUGACGAUGAAAACGUGAAGACUGAUUUUCAGAACGAUUUAAAAGACAGGGAUUACCAAAUUGUCAAAUCCGACCACGUUUUUAUGACUAGUUCAAUGGACGGAUCACUCAACAUCUGGGAUGCUCGUGCAUCUGCUUCCAAUGUACUUCGAAUCUCUGUCCCUCCUACUACUCCCCCAUGGGCUAUGUCUGCUGUAUGGUCUGUAUCAGGAGAUUCUAUUUUUGUAGGAAGGAGGAACGCUACUGUGGAGGAAAUUGAUCUAAAGAUGCCUUCUAAACGAAGCUCUAACACAAAUCCUGUGACAAACCCUAUUAGAACACUCAGAUUCCCAUCAGUAUCAGGACCAGUUAGUUGUGUCCGCACUCUUUUUAACGGCCGACAUGUUUUAUGUGGCUCUCAUGAUAACAUUAGAUUAUACGAUAUACGAUUGCAUCAAGAGGAAGCUCAAGCUUCUAAGAAAUCAAGAUCGAAAACUCCAUUCUUAAUCAUUGCAGGUCACCACGGUGGUGUUAUCAGUGACAUGUAUAUUGACCCGACAUUCAGAUUCAUGAUCAGUGCCAGCGGUAAUAGAGGUUGGCAGGGAACUAGCACAGAAACAGUGAUGAUCUACGAAAUCAGUAUCAAAUGA